AUGGAGUUAUUGGAAGGCAUCAACAGUAGUAGAGUUAGGGAAUUUAUUAUACUAGGAUUUCCAGGAUUCCCAAAUUCACAUUUUUUUCUUUUCUUAGUUUUCUUCUUCGUCUACCUUUUAACAGUUUCAUCCAAUAUUACCAUAAUUGCACUGGUGUUAGUUGACAAACAUUUGCAUUCCCCAAUGUACUUUUUCAUUAGUAACCUAUCCUUUCUUGAAAUUGGAUACAUUUCAUCUACAGUCCCCAACCUGAUGGUUAGUCUUCUUACAAGAAAUAAUUCAAUUUCCUUUGGAGGUUGCAUUGCCCAACUUUAUUUUUUUAGUUGUCUUGGAGCUACUGAAAAUUUGCUUUUGGCCUUGAUGGCUUAUGAUCGUUAUUUAGCUAUCUGUAGCCCUCUGAGAUACACCCUGGUGAUGAGUUCAAAAAUGUGUAUACGGCUUGCAACUGUCUCUUGGUCUGGGGGAUUUUUUAUUGUCACAGUUCCAAUUGUAUUCAUUGCUUUAUUGUCCUUCUGUGGACCAAAUGUGGUAGAUCAUUUUCUGUGUGAAGCUGCUCCUUUGCUGCAACUUUCCUGUUCGGACACAUCCACAGCUAAAGCUCUACUUUCUGCAUCUGCCACCACAGCUACCCUAACUUCUGUUUUGUUCACCAUGUUUUCUUACAGUUGCAUCCUAUUCUCCAUAUUCAGAAUACCUUUAACAUCUGGUAGAAAGAAGGCUCUGUCUACAUGUGCAUCACAUUUCAUAGUAGUAACACUUUUUUAUACUUCUGUGUGUGUCAUGUAUAUGCAGCCUUCUGGCACUCACUCCAGCAGAAAUAGGAUAGUUGCAGUGUUUUAUGGAUUUGUAACACCACUACUAAACCCAUUCAUUUAUAGUCUUAGGAAUAAAGACAUAAAACAUGCUCUGAUCAAGAUUUUAAAUAGGUCCAAAAAUAUAUCUUCUCAAAAUAUUGCCAUGAAAAUCAUCUUUCAAUAG